AUGGCCGAGAAAUGUUCUUCUAUUCAGCUCAUUGAUGGUGAUGGUGUAUUUAAUGCAUCUGGACUUGACAAUCUCGCAAAGGCUGUGAAAUUAGCUGAAUGUGGGCUUUCUUAUGCAGUUGUCUCCAUAAUGGGUCCCCAAAGUAGUGGUAUGUUGGUUGCUCUUUCAAGGUUGUUUUGUACAACUAGUUUUAGAAAUGUACUCCUAUUUGACAUGGCAAAGAGGAGUCUACCAAUCAACUUGCAAGUUAGAAAAACUGUUUUUUAGGGCGCUUCAUGUCUUCUUUAUGCUCAACAAUGUGAGGUGAUUGAUUCCUUCUUUUUUUGACCCCAAUUUAUGCUGUGACCGAAAUGUUUCGGCUGUUCUUAUUCAAACUUGGAAAAUAUAGACAAUCAAUAUAAAAAAUAAAAUUCAGCCAUCCUAUCAUGUCUUUUCGCUUUCAAUUUAUAUAGAUUCCUGACUAAACUCUACAGGCGUUAUUAUAAAUUUUUUGUCCAUAAUUUUUUUCUAAAUCAUAUCUUCCGUAGGAAAGAGCACUCUACUGAACCAUCUUUUCUACACCAACUUCAGGGAAAUGGAUGCCUAUAUCGGCAGGCAAGUUCUCAUACUUUACUAUUGGUUAUUUUCAUUCUUAAACUAACAGAAAAAGCAGUCAGACAUAAGCAUGACAAAAGUGUCAAUCUCCUUUCUCAGGUCUCAAACUACUAAAGGAAUUUGGUUGGCUAAAUGUUCUGGUAUCGAACCUUGUACGCUUGUUAUGGAUUUGGAAGGCACUGAUGGUAGAGAGCGUGGAGAGGUACUUUUAUUUUUCUAGUCUGGAGGAAAUUAAUGACAUUGGGAUGUAAUGAGUGUCUCUUGGGCUUCUAAAAUUUAAGUUAAUGCAUAGCUCCUUUUUUUCCUAUUUCAUGGAAUGCCCACUUCUAGUUAAUGAUACGGGCGAAGUGAACUUGUGGUCAAUUCCGUUACAUUGUUUACAUUGGUUGUUUUAUUUAGUGAAUCCACUUGCUAGAAAAUGCUGUGGUGUGAGUCAGUUGCAUAGAAUAUUACCUUUUACCAUUGGGUUAUCUGUAUGCUCAAUGAUAAAUAGUGCUUGGAUCACUUUGAAAAGCAGCAUUCUAAAAUUAAAAGAAAUAUGUCUAAUUUUCCCCCCUUUUUUGUUGUGAAAAAUUGUGCUUGCUUCUUAACGAAAGUUUUUCCGAUUACUUGGUGUAAUGAUUUCUUUAAUUUAAAUGCGCUCGUUUCAACAUCCACUUUGACAAAAUAUUGUAAUCCUGACUGUUAAUAAUUUGGAUUUUACUACUCGUCCUGCGCUACAAAAGGGUAUCGUUUGAAAGAAAAAAAAUUAUCUGAAUAAUUUAAAGUAGAUGUAUUUUACUGCUUAUUUAACAGUUAUGAAAAUAAGGUGAUCAUGUAUGAAUUAACUUGUUGUGGAAGCAUGGCAUUAAUGAUGGGAAUAUUUUGAUAAACUAUCAUUUGGACUUUAUUCAGUUUUUUGUGUUUUGUUCGUGGUGUAUCACGUUAUAUCGUUUAUAUUCUGUAAUGAGACUUAAAAACCCUUAUUGAACAUAUCCAUGGGAGUCUUUUCGAACGUCUGGUGACCCAGAAUGAAUUGACCUUCUCCAAUAACGAGCAACAGACAAGCCACGCUGUUGGCUACUUCAUAUUGUGACCCGGUCUUUUUUUUUAUUUUAUUUCCGCUCGUUGUGAUUCUGGAAAUCUGAAUGUCAGAUUUCUUUUUCCUCAUUUUCAGGAUGACACUGCUUUUGAGAAACAGAGCGCCCUUUUUGCCCUAGCAGUUUCUGACAUUGUGCUUAUCAACAUGUAAGUUUUCUGAUGUAAUGUAAGCAACGUAUUUUUUACACAUUCUCCCUAUGUUUGAUGUGGCACAUUGCGAGAAUGAGUGUUUAGGAUGCCAUUGAAUUUAGAUCAUUGUUAAAGAUAUAUAGUUAAGAAUUGUCAAACAUAUUUCUUGAAAAUGGAUUUCCAAAAGUACCUUUAUUUAAUGUACAGGUGGUGUCAUGAUCUUGGUCGUGAACAGGCUGCUAAUAAACCUCUCCUAAAGACAGUUUUCCAGGUAAUAUUUGUCGAGAUCUGUCUUACAAAGUUAUGGUAUUUGUUUUGUCAUUUUGCUUACUCUAUUCUCAAUUGAUAUAUAGGUCAUGCUGCGUUUAUUCACCCCCCGUAAAACAACAUUGUUAUUUGUUAUUCGCGACAAAACCAGGGUUGGCCUCUUUAUCUUUUUUGUAAUCUAGUUGAAUGUCCUGGAAUUUGGUCUCUUCAUUAUUAUUUUAUUAAUUUGCGUUUCUUUAUCAUUAGACACCACUGGAAAACUUGGAACGGCUUCUGAGGGAAGAUAUUCAAAAGGUACUCGCUCUCUUCUAUUGCGUUUUCGUACAUGAAUAUUGCUGUAGUGUAUUUUUUUUACCGUUUUGCUUUCUCUUUUUCAGAUCUGGGACACAGUUCCUAAACCGGAGGCUCAUAAAGAAACUCCACUCAGUGAAUUCUUUGUUGUAAGAAACUGUGACGUGUUUAAUGUCGUUUUUUUCCUGAAAUUUUUGGGUUGUUAGGAAUCUGAUUUCCCUUUAUCCAUUGAAUUAUCUAGGUGGAGGUAGUGGCUCUUUCAAGUUACGAAGCUAGAGAAGAGGAGUUCAAAGAACAGGUGUUUUUUUGUUGUUAGAUAUUCUGUUGCUCUUCGUUUAGCUAGGAUGAUAAAAAGUCUGCCAUGAGCUGCUCGGUUAUUAGAAGUAAAAUAUACGUAACAUUUUCCGUUUGCUUUAGAUAAUUCCGGUCAAUUUCCAUUUAUCUAGGAAAAUUUAGGUUUAUUCUUCAUGUAAUGAGCUGAGGUUGGUCGCAGUCUUUCUGCUAACUUGUAUUUACCUAUUAGUUGUAUAAUCAACAUGCUCAUUUUUUUGUUUUCUGUUUCAAUAAAGGUUUCUAAUUUAAGACAAAGGUUCUUCCACUCUAUUGCACCUGGAGGACUUGCUGGAGACAGACGAGGUGUUGUUCCCGCCUCUGGAUUUUCUUUUAGCGUUCAACAGAUUUGGAAAAUUAUCAAAGAGAACAAGGACCUUGACUUGCCUGCACAUAAGGUCAUAUUUUUAAUUCUGUUACUUGAAAUUAUCUGGGGAACCCUGAUUUUUUUUCCUGAUUCCAACUUCUAAAGACCUAUUAUCUUGAUUGUAGAUCAUGGUCGCCACUGUGCGUUGUGAAGAAAUUGCCAAUGAGAAGCUUGCAUCUUUCACUGCUGACGAGGUACCUUAUAUUAGCCAAGGUUUUAUUAUCGACUAAUUUUUUCCCUUUUACCAAUGGAAACGUUGCAUCUUUCAUCCUUCACUGCUGACGAGGUGCCUGAUAGGAUAACAGAAUGAUUUAUUCUCUACUCUCUUUUUGACCUUUUCUGGAUGAGAGGAACUUCUAUUGUUCUCGAGUGAAAUGCAUCCUGGAAGCAACAAAAGUAUUGUCGAACAUAGCCUGAAUUAGAUCCUGGAAGGAAACAAAGUAAACUGAGGCAAAUUUCUAUAAACAGCAGAAAGCGAUAACGAUAUCCCGAGGAAUAAUGAAGAACAACUGGAACAAUAUUAUGAGAACUUCCAUAUUCUUCCUCACGGGCUGCACAUUCAUCUCCUCAUAAUCAUGAUCAAUGAAGCAUGAAUGGUUUCUGUAGCUUAAGUUGUAGCCAGGAGAAUUCUUGUUGAUUUAGUUGUUACUUGUUCAAGAUUACCGUGGGUACUUAAACCAUUUGAAGUAUUGGCGCUCUAUCCUGUCCUUAUCCCAUUUAUGAAAGAAUAAUUCAAUAGUUCAAUGAUGGGAAAAAAGCUCACAGUUUCUUAAUCUUUCCAAGAUUCACCAAAUCCCACGCGGCUAUACUUGAUAUUCGGUCAUCAGUGACUUGAUCUUCGUUCUUCUUUUAAUUUUUUUUACAGAGUUGGUGUGAGCUUGAAGAAAGUGUACAGGUCGGUCUAGUAUCAGGUUUUGGGAAGAGGCUCAGCUCUAUCCUUGGUUCCUGGCUUUCUAGGUGAGCAUCCUUUAUUUUUUGGGGCAUGGGAAACAAGACUUUUCAUCUUUUUAAUUGUCUUUCAGUGAGCACGAAAGUUCUUAGCCUUCUGAUGUCUCAUUUGAGUUCCGCAUUUGAAUAAUGUGGUUUUUCCCAUGAAAAGUUCAUGGCGAUUCCUUGCUUUUAACUAAUGACAGGGUCAUUAUGCAGGAUGUAGCGCUAACAUCUUACUAUUGGUAUUAUUCACUAGUUUUAUAGCCUAAAUUUUCAUUUUCGUGUGACCUCCGGUUAGCCUUUUGGCAAUGUAGCCUUUUUCUUUUUGUUGAGUUUACCAUGCAGAUUUCCAUCACAUUAAAGUGAAAUGUCAUGAAUGGCAAAACCAGAGCAUAGUGUGUUGGCCAGUGUUGUUUGAUUUUAAGUUGUAACUCUUUUUUACAUUUACAGAUUUAUUAGCUAUUUUCCAAAACAGUCCAGCUUGGGACAUGUGAAUAUACGUGACUCGCUAUGGGAUUCCCCAGUGCGGUUUUCAUUUUUUCCUAAUUGUAUGCUGACCUAGUUAGUAGACUUGACUUAUUUUUACAUGUUUUCCUUCUUUUUAUUUCUGGUUAGUCAGAAUGCAGCUUAGCGUCUACAAUCUGAAGAUUUUUUAAAAUUUAAUUUUGAUCAGAUUGCCAUACAUAUUUUGCUGAUUUAUGCUACUGAGUUGCUGAUGUGUUGAUGCUUUGAUAUUUUUCAAUAUUCCAACCUUUCAUCGAUCUUUUAUCUUCUGCAUGCUGUUUUUUUGUAUUAUUGGGCUUCUGAAUUACGAGCAACUCAUACCCUCUCUCUUCUGUUUUAGUUGCACUUCUGCCUUCUUUUAGUCUCUUGUUGUGGGUUUCUUCAUCAAGAAAUAAAUAGAUUCUCUCCUUCUAUUACGCAAGUAACUUUAACCUAAUAUUCAUUGUUAAUUGGUGAAAUAAUAGGUAUGACAUGGAAGCGGUUUAUUUUGAUGAUGGUGUCAGAACGGCAAAGAGACAUCAACUAGAAUCAAAACUUUUACAGGUAAGCUUUUUUUUUCUUCUCAUUUUUAUAAAUCCGAAAAUAAAAAUACAAAUUUUUCUUGUGAUGAUGACCAGAAGGCAAUAUAAUAGAUCCCCAUUAAAAGCUUAUCUGUCUGGUUCAUUUCUUGUCUAUCAUUUCUGUCAAGUUAUGUGGAGAAAAAUGAUAGGCCUUGUCUCCUUACAAAAGAAGGAACAAUAUUUUUCUUUAUAUAAACUUAUUUCCUGACGAUGAUUCGUGGAAAGUGUAGAUAACUUUUAUUUCUCUGUCGUCUAUGUUUCAUGUGUACAAAGUCAUUGCUUUACAUCACGGAUCCCUAGUUCCAAUGCAUAAUGGUUUAAUUGGACUGAUUUUUUUUGCGGGCAUCCAUUUAGUUGCACAAACCAAUAUCAUAAUUUUUGAAGAUAUCGGUUGGCAUAAAUCGUGAAAUUAUUUUCCAAGAUGGUUGUCUUUAUCGAUUGCAAAAGGAAUGCUUGAAACGUAGAUGGACUAUGAUUCAGCUAUUUAUAACACGUCCAGUGGCCAUUAGGUUGGUCCUUUGGUAGGUUGAAGAGCACGUGUAUUUUUACAUAUUUGAUCAUCAGUGUUUAAAAUUGGUCAGCAUGUGAUCCCCAAUUGUCUAGCUCUGAGCAUAGUCAUGCGUGUGGUGGGGGGAUUUUAUUCCUUCUCGAUUUGUCUUCUUUAUCAGUACCUGCCAUACUACUGACUAAAAGUGAAAUUGAAUUAACUCCUUACGAAGGCUCAAGAUUUGUGAUGAAUUUUCUGCUCUAAAAGAUCCUUGUCAAGAAUGUUUCUCUCGAACUAACUGAAUACUUGUUUUCUAUAGAUAGCGUAUCCUGCAUACCAGUCUACACUGUCUCAUCUGCGGACCAAAACCCUAGAUGAUUUUAAGGAAGCUUUUGAGAAACUUCUGAACAAGGGAGAAGGAUUUGCUGCAGCUUCUCGUAGUUGUACAAAAUCAUUUUUGUCAAAAUUCGAUGAAGGAUGUGCCGGUAUGUAUUAUAUAUGAUGGUAGAUUUCUUUCAUUACUGCUUACUACUCUUUUUUUCUGGCAAAAUGGGGCUUUCAGGAAGAUACAUUCAUAAGCUUUGUAAAUUAUUUAUGCUCUACUCUCUAAAUUCUAGUGUCCUAGGGCUACAAUUGCCUGUGGAUUUCUGUUCGCUUCAUUUGUUUGUCAAUGUGUACCAUUAAGUUAAACCUAGAAGGCAGAAAGUCCAGGGACUUCUUUUUUUCCAUAGAUGGAAAGAGCGUUGGGGAGAUAUAAGCUAUUUCUUGCAACCGUUUGGCUUCUGCCUUUGAAUGACGUUUUUGAUUUACCUUGUAAGAUGAAUGGUGUUUAUCUGAAAUAUCAACUUUAGGCAAAAGCGUUUUUUAGGGGGUGGCAAUAUAAUCGAAGUAGCUAUUUGACUAAGUGGAAAGGAGGAACUAACAAAUAAGUGGAUUUAUUAUACCAAUUCCCCACAGCCAUGUUACAUGUUUUCAUUUUGAAUGUAGACUUAUAUCAUUUGUUAGUUGUGCAAUUUAUGUUUUGGAUUCCACAUAAUCUUGAACUCUUGUUAAAUGGUGAAAUGUUGAUGCGUAUAUUUAUAUUGUUGAACUCCUGUAAGGUAUUACAUGUCUGGACUUGUUGACACUUGGAAGCAUUUAAUCUGUGGGCAAUAUUAUAUGAGAAUGCCAUUCUUAUCAAACACAACCCUAAUUUUGUGGCAUUGGUGGUGUUGCUUUAACAAAUCUGAGUUUGUUGUCUAUGGCAGUUUUUCUAUGCCAUUUGGGUUCACCAUAAUUACUUUAUGAAUUUUGAUUACCAAGGAUCAGAUGAGAUAGGUAGUAUUUCCUAUCGGUCUUGAGAACAAUCGUCCCCUGUCCCAACUUUUAAGUAUGCCGUUGAAAAAUAUUUGUUGAAAAACAACUGAUUCCUAAUUUCAAAUGGUUUUGCCUAUUUCUUAUGAUGAUUAUCCUUUAAUAAUUUGACAAACACAAGAUUAGUAAUCUGUUCACAGAUUUAAAAAACGGUUAUAUUUAUAUUAUAUCCACGGUGUCAUUUGCCUAAAAAGGAUUACAGAAAUACCCUGAUUUGGAACCUGUUUAGUCAGAUGUGUGGAGAAAAGGAAAGAAGUUGAAAUGUAAAUGUUGUGUUCAUAAUGAGGUGAAUGGUGGAAGAACUGACAAUAAAAGUUCUAGAAAAUACACAAAAUACACCGUUAAAAUAAGAAAUUUUAGUCAAAUAGGGAAAGGAGAAGGUAAAGAUGAUGAAAAGGAGAGAUUGUAGACUAUAAGUAGUGAACAGAAGAAGGAAGGUCGAGAAUGGAUUUUGGAAAACCUACAUAAAAUGCACCAAUAAAAUAAUAGAUUAGAGUCCAUUGGGAAAAGGAGAAGUUAAAGAUAAUGAAAGGAAAAAAAAGAUCCUAGACUGUAAUUAGAGGAUGUGCGUGGAGGAAGGAAAGCUGAUAUUUGAGGUUUGAGAUCCUUUCCAGAAAGCUUCAAAAGAAUGAGAAAUUAUUCUCUAGUGGAGAAAGGGGAAGAUUAAGAGGAUGAAGAUAAAAGAUCUUGGACUGAAUGUGACGAAAGAAGGAAAACCUACCAAUACAUCGCAGCCAAAAAAAAGUGAGAAAAUCCAGUUGUAUGGUUUUUUCACCGUUGGCACCAAGAAUAUUACAAGCCCUCUAGGGGAAAAAAUGGAAGAUGAGGAAAAUAACCAUGCUUUAUCCUUGCAAUGGUUACGAUCCUUGGUUAUCUUGGCUGUGAAGGAUUAGUUCCUACACAAUAAGGGGUCACACGUAUGACUUAGAUGUAACGAUGCUAGCUUGGACGUUUGGAUUAGUUCUUGCACCUACACAAUAAGGGUGACACGUGUGGGUAACCACGCUAGCUUGUAACAGUUCAUACUUAAAGUUUGUUUAUCUAUUAUCAUGAUGUAAAGGGGAAACAAUUGAUAGUGUUAUGAGUAUGAUGGCUAGUGGAAAUAGCCUUGGACGUUUGGAUCAUCAUAGUUUACUCCUUACUCGACUUUGUGAUGGUUAACUGAUGACACCGUUCUGUAGAUUCUGUGCGAGUGCCAGAAUUGGCAACUCAUUUCAAGGAUAUUUUAAAUGUUUGAAAAGUAAAGCUAUCAAUUCUAUCUUUUUCCAUCUUUUCAUCAGCUUCGUUUACUUUAUUAUUUUUUGACUUUUCUAAUGGCUGUUGACAUUGCAGAGGCAGCCGUCAAACAAGCAAGUUGGGAAUCAUCCAAGGUUCGAGAGAAGCUUAGGCGUGAUAUUGAUGCGCAUGUUGCAACAGUUCGUGCUUCUAAAUUGUCUGAACUUACUGCGUCUUAUGAGGUAACUUUAAUUGACUACUUGGCGAAAUAUUAUCUUUUUUUUUUGUCAAUGGUAGUUCAUGAUUACUAAUUCAUUUUUUCAAAUCCUCAGGGAAAACUUAGUAAAGCACUUGCAGAACCUGUGGAAGCUCUUCUUGAUUCAGCUAGCAAUGACACAUGGCCAGCCAUUAGAAAGCUUCUGCGGCGUGAAUCUGAGAUCGCCCUUGCUGAAUUUUCCUCUGCACUCUCUAGUUUUGAUCUAGACAGAGAAGCCGAGGAAAAACUGCUCACAGGCAUGGAGGACUAUGCAAGAAAUAUUGUUGAAUCAAAGGCAAAGGAAGAAGCUGCAAGAGUAUUGAUCCGUAUGAAGGACAGGUACUGGGCGCUCAUCCUCUUUAUUAUCUUGCAUUGCUUCAAGGAUAUUUUUUUUGACAGAUUGUUGCUGCAGGUUUUCUACGCUAUUCAGUCGUGACUCAGACUCGAUGCCGAGAGUUUGGACAGGGAAGGAAGACAUCCGAGCGAUCACAAAAGUAGCCCGCACUGCUGUAAGUCUCAGUUGAUGAUUUUCACCCAAGUUCAUUGUGUUACACCGGAAAUUAUUCUUGUGAAGAGAUCUUAUCGAUUUACCUUUAAUUUUGUGCAGUCCUUGAAGUUGCUUUCAGUAAUGGCUGCAAUACGAUUAGACGACAGUGCAGACGAUAUUGAGAAUACUCUCUCUCUUGCCCUCUUGGACACUGCUAAGGCAAAUGCUGCUGACAGGAGUAUUGUCUCAGUUGAUCCGUUAGCUUCAAGCUCUUGGGAGAAGGUAAUUACCAUCCACAUAGAUUGUGCUUUACAUGUUGAACAAUUGAGAAAUAUUCCGUGUGCGGUAUAGCAACCUGUCGACUUUUUUUUAAAAAAAAAAGAAAAAAGAAAAAUGCAACUGCAUCUGUUCUUUUCUCUUGUUGGGCUGUUGUUUUAUGUCAUUGACGGUAUUUAAGAAACGGGUUUUCUGUGGAUGCUCCCUGAUGAUUUUGCACCUGGAAUUCCGCAUUGCUUCAUAUUUUUGAACCCAUUUUUUGGAGUCUGACCGCACUUGCAAGUUAUCUCCAGGAUCUUUUGCAAUUUUAUCAUUUGAAAAAUGAUACUUUACCGACUUUCCCAUAUCUGCGGUCAUCCAUUGCCUUCUCUCUCCUACUGGCUUCAUUGUCUUUUUGAACAUAUUAAAAUUUGGGAUGAUUUUACCUGAUUUCUUUUUUUUCCCCGUCCAUGCUUCAGUUUCUUAAUUGUUCAUAGCCUGCCAAUUUCUUUUGGGAGAAGAGGCUGUAAAUGCUAUCAUGCUAAUGGACGUGUUACUGUCGCUUCCGUCACUGAAGGUGGUUGGCAGUUGUGACAAUUUUCCAAGAUACUUUCAUGCAAUUUUUAGAAAACAAGGGUUCUUAAGGGAAGUCUAAUCAAAAGCCACCAGUUGUGGCAGGAACAUGUGCUUCCCCUGGAAUUCUCUCAGAAAUCAAAAAUUGGGGUCAUAACUUUUGGUCAUUUUUUAACGACAUGCUCAGUGAAACAUCGGAAUUGGGUUAUAACUUCCAUCAAAUGCAUGACAUCAACAGUUAAAUGUUUGAUCUUUUUCUCCUGGGCUCAGUUUUGUCGUGGCGUUGUUGCCUCAACAUCAAGAACCGAAAAAUAAAAUUAAAAAAAUAUAUAAUAAAUAUUGUGUUUCUUGUUCUUGCGGGUGAUCCUGUUUUAUUCCAUUAUGCCUCGUACUUUGUUGGCAGGUUUCUCCGACAAAAACAUUGAUAACACCAGUUCAAUGCAAGUCCUUGUGGAGGCAGUUUAAGGCGGAGACCGAAUACACUGUCACUCAAGCUAUUGCUGCUCAGGUAUGCUCGAAAGGCCGUCUAUUUUUUCUCUCUCUAUAUUUUCGUCUGUGGAGUAUGAACUCUCUAUAUAAUUCAGAUGCCCCAUUUGCUUCUCAACUUUUUUUUUUUUGUGGUAUUUUAUUGGAGAUCUUGCGCUUAUUAAACGAAAAAUAGAAAAAACAUGCCAUUUUCUUAAAGCGCGUGCGUUUUUGACGGAAGAUGAUUACAUUCUUCUUCUUUCUCUUUUGUAGGAAGCGCACAAGCGUAAUAACAACUGGCUGCCUCCGCCGUGGGCCAUCGUUGCCAUCGUGAUCCUGGGUUUCAACGAGUUCAUGACACUCUUAAGGUAGGUCAGAAGUAAACCCACAAGGUACCAAAAAAAAAGGUUGACUUCUCCACACCUGCCGUGACAUUUUCUUCGUUCGCGGUGGCAGAAAUCCCUUCUAUCUCGGGGUCCUAUUCGUCGCCUUCCUGCUGGUCAAGGCCCUCUGGGUCCAGUUAGACAUCGCCGGCGAGUUCAGCAACGGCGCCGUGAGUAUUCAUUUCCCUGAUCCAUCCUCAUAUUUUUACCGCGCAUCCACAUGACCUCCCCCUCACCGUUUCCGUUCUUCCCUCUUUUUGCAGCUUCCGGGGAUCCUGGCCCUCUCCACCAAGUUCCUCCCCACCGUGAUGAACCUCCUCAAGAAGCUCGCCGACGAGGGCCAGCGACCCGCGGGGCCCCCGCCCUCCGAGCUCGCCCCGAAGGGCCACGGGGUCUUCGGGAACGGCACGCGCAGCGCCGCCUCGUCCUCGGACGACUCCUCCAGCCUCACCUCCCCCGACGCCGCCGCCGAGUACUCCGAGUGA